AUGGCCACAAGAUCGAAUGGAAACGGCAUCCAGCAUACCGUCACAUCCCUAAAUAGAUGGUCAAUAGCAAACAAGCAGCUUCCAUCUGUGGACAAAAUCAAGGCGUUGCACGUUUAUGAUUUUGAUAAUACACUUUUCAACAGCCCUCUCCCCAAUCCCAAGCUAUGGAACGGCCCAACAAUUGGUUUCCUACAAACACAAGACACGUUCGCAUCCGGGGGCUGGUGGCACGAUGCCAGAAUACUUGGUGCGACUGGUGAGGGCAUUGAGAAAGAGGAGCCUCGCGCCUGGAAAGGUUGGUGGAAUGAACGAAUCGUUGAGCUUAUACAGCUUAGUAUGGAACAAAAAGAUGCACUUACGGUCCUCCUUACUGGCAGAGCUGAACCUGCGUUCGCGGAACUCAUCAACAGGAUGGUCACAGCCAAAGGGCUAGAAUUUGAUUUGAUGUCCUUGAAGCCGGUCUCCGGCCCCAAUAAUGAGCGAUUUUCAAGCACUAUGAACUUUAAACAGGCGUUCUUGGAAAGUUUGACCGAGACGUACAAAAACGCUGACGAGAUUCGAGUAUACGAAGAUCGCCCUCGUCAUGUUAAGGCAUUCAGGGAUUACUUUACUCUCUACAAUACACGCCUGCAAAACAACAUGGGUAAUCCGCAUAAUCGUAGCCCUAUCCUCGCUGAGGUUAUUCAGGUUGCGGACGGAACAACGCAACUUGACCCGAUCGUGGAGACAGCUGAAGUACAGCGUUUGAUCAAUGAUCAUAAUACUCAUGUCACAAAAGCCAGACGAGGCACACGUCUUCAGAUAAAGAAGACUGUUUUCUAUACUGGAUAUUUGAUCAGUAAUGCUGACACCCAAAAGCUGCUUACAUUAGCUCAGUUACCGCCCAAUAUGCCAGAUACUGAAAUGAAGUUCUUAGCAAAUAACGUUUUGAUAACCCCUCGCCCUUGUCCCGAGAGCAUUCUUGAAAAGGUUGGCGGAAUGGGUAGCAAGACUACCUGGGAAGUCACAGGCACUGCUGUAUACGAGAGCAAGAUCUGGGCUGCGAGUGUUCGACCAGUACCAGAAACUAAAAAGUACUAUACGGAAAAUCCGACACCAAUUGUCGUUCUUGCACUUCGCAAAGGCGCUCGUCCCAUUGACGCAGGUAAGAUCCAGAACUGGCAGCCUGUGUCCCCAGAAAAGCAGUUCGUUUUCGAAAGCACUGUGGGAGAAAAAGUCUUGCUUCGCAUCGAAGAGGAGAACCCCACAGAGAAUGAGUACGAAAGUCUUUUCCCGAAUAAAACAUUCAAACGAAAGCAUGAAGACGAGAACGAGACGAGGCAGUCAAGUGGCUCCCACGGCAAUGGUGGACAUGGAGGUGGGAGAAAUAACAAUAAUCAGAAAGAAAAUCAUGGAGGCCGUGGCAAUGGACGAGGGAAUCGUGGCAACCGCGGCAAUAACAACGGGCGUGGUGGCCGUGGUAAUGGAGGAAGAGGCCGUGGUGGAAGAGGAGGUGGAGGUGGCCACCACGGAUAUCGAUCUCUGGACGAUGUUGGCGAAAAGAACAACGCUGGUACCACCCCAUCUUACAACGCAGCCGUGGCAUAUGAAGACUUCCCACCUCUGCAAAAGAACUACCAGACACCCCAGCAACUAGUUCAGGCACAGUUCCAGCAGUAUCACCAAUACCAACAAUCUAUGCAAGGUAAAGCUGCUAAGGGGAGUGGCAGCGGCGAGUUGCAAUACAACUAG